UAGGAGUAAACAAAUCAUCAUGGCAGAGGAUUUGCCAGACGAAUUUGAUGUCGUGGUUAUUGGGACAGGGAUGCCAGAGAGCAUUUUAGCUGCAGCAUAUGCACGCAUUGGCCAGAGUGUUCUACAUAUUGACAGAAACCCAUACUACAGUGGGCAAUGGGCAUCAUUCAGCCUGAAGUCAAUCGAGGAAUGGGUUCAGACUGCUCAGACCCCUGAAGACGGAAGUGGCAUUUCAGAAGUUAAGGUUGAGGGACAGUUGAUAAAUCUGCAUUUAACAGACAAAAGUUACAGUAAACACAAACUUCAGUUUCAUAUUAGUGACCCAAAACAAGAAACUGAAGUCAAGAAAGAACCAAAUGAAGAAGCUGCUGAUAAAUUUCAAAAAGAGGUGACCCAUUCAGAUAAUCAGGACAACACAGUGUAUCGUGAUCAGGAUAAUUCUAGUCAAGUGAAAAUACCAGAUUCAGACCCAGGUAAGAGUAACGUGGCUACAGCCAUAGCAAAUACAGAACCAUGUGACUCUGAGAAUGUAGGAGCAUCAGCAAUAACUGAGUCUACAGAAGAUCAAGGAGGCUGUAAGGAAACAAUAAAUCAAGGAAAUAUCCCAGAGGAAGGAAAAGAUCUUCUUCAGACCAGUCAUGGUACAGAAGAAAAACAGGACAGUCAAAUCCCUGAAGGAGAGACGAGCAAGGAAUUAGCUUCUACUACAAAUACUGAAUCAGAAAAACAGGACAGUCAAAUCCUCGAAGGAGAGACGAGCAAGGAAUCAGCUUCUAAUACUGAAACAGAAAAACUGGACAGUCAGAUCCUCAAAGGAGAGACGAGCAAGGAACCAGCUUCUAAUACUGAAUCAGAAAACAAUAACCUGACAUCUGUGUCAAAUGAACAAGCCAUGCUUUGGACAGAAUCAAGAUUAAGAAAGGAGUGGAGAAAAUUUAAUCUCGACUUGUCACCUAAGCUCCUGUAUUGUGGGGGGAGUAUGGUUGAGUUGCUCAUUACAUCAGAUAUUGCCAAGUACUGUGAGUUUAAAACAGUAUCCAGGAUACUCACACUGAUAGAUGGAAAUUUAAGAAAGGUACCAUGCUCUCGAGCCGAUGUUUUCAGCAGUAAAGACGUGUCCAUGAUAGAGAAGAGAAUGAUGAUGAAAUUCCUGACUUUCUGUGUGGAUUACGAGAAGCAUCAGGACGAUUAUACAGAUUUCAUUGAGAAACCAUACAAAGAAUAUCUAGAACACCAAAAACUGUCAAAGAAUGUCAUCCAUUUUAUUCAGCAUGCAAUAUCAAUGACAAGUAACUCAACACUCACUCCAGAGGGUCUGAAAAGGACACAGAAAUUUUUACAUUCUCUUGGUCGCUAUGGGAACACAGCAUUUCUUUGGCCAAUGUAUGGAAGUGGUGAAAUGCCCCAGAGUUUCUGUAGGAUGUGUGCUGUGUUUGGAGGUGUCUACUGCCUGAGGACCCCAGCUGCCUCACUGGUCAUCAACAGUGAUAACAUCUGCACUGGUGUCGUCAUGACUACAGGGAAACACAUUAGGUGCAAACGCCUGGUAAUGGAGAAUUCCUAUGCUCCUGAUUCAUUCAUUGACAGUGUUUCAAACAGAUUUGUAAAUCGAGGCAUUCUGGUAACUGACAAGUCCAUGAUGCCUUCAGAUGAUCUACACCAGUUGUCCUUGUUGAGAAUUCCAGACGAAGCUGAUGAAGAACAUCCCACCACCAUUCUAGAAUUACCAGCAUCAGCAAUGGCUUGUCCAGAUAGCCUGUAUGUUGUUCACUUGACAAAGGAAUCUGAGGAUGACAAUAAAGCACCAGAGGAAAGUCUUCAGGCUGAUGUCACAAAGCUCUUCCAGGAAGAUUCCUCAGGAGAUGAGAAACCUCAGAUAAUUUGGUCCUUGUAUUAUCAACAGAAGAUAAAUACUGGAGGUCAGUGCAGUAAUAUACCUAGUAAUGUGACCUUGGUACCAGGACCAGGACCAGAAAUAGACAUUGACCAAGCAGUCACUAUUGCAAGGGGGAUAUUUGAAGAAGCAAUGCCUGGAGAAGAUUUUCUUCCUCGACCUCCAAACCCGGAAGACAUCAUAUUUGUGGAUGAAGAGGAAACUCAUGUUACACAGGAAUCUGACAAAACUGAAUUUAAUACAACUUCACAAAACUCUGACAAUAAUGAGACAGAGACUGAUAGCACUGAAGGGAGCCCUGGUGAGAAACCAAGUAAAUCUGAUACAGUGGGUAGUGGUUCUGAAGGAGGUCCAAGGCAGACAGAUUCAGUGGGUAGUGGUUCUGAAGGAGGUCCAAAGCAGACCCAUUCUAAUGAUACAGAGAACAAAACUGAGGAAACAUCACAGAAAGACUGUACAACUGAAGAUAAAAUGGAGCCAGUCAAUCCAUGAAGAAAUUUCUAUUGCAUUCUGUAUACAUACUUUUUAUAUCUGGUUCUUUUCCUUAUAUACAAUGUCACUGUAUAUUUAUCAAACCAAUUUUCCAUUUACGAACUUUACAAUACUAUUGUAAUCAUGCAGCAAUUGAAUUCAAAUCACUUGGCAAAAAAAAUAUCAUCUAACAUUAGUUAUUUUUACAGUUAAGAUUUAUUGUCUAGCAUUACAUGUUAAAAACAUUCUUUUUUUGUCUCAGAUGAUGAGUACCUGAUUAAAUUUGAAUUUCUUACUUAAAUAGGUCAACAUCAAUAUGACAAAUGUAUAUUUCUAAUGCUUUUUUCUCUUUUAAAAUUUGUGAGAAUAUUUGUGUGUGUGUGUGUGUUACAAGUAUGCAAGAUUCCUUUCAGUCAGUGAUCUCUGUAUGCUUGGAGUCAAUAUGUGCUCUCUGUAUGCUUGGAGUCAAUAUGUGCAAUAAAAGUGAUGUGAUAUUAACAUA